UAAGCGCGGGCGCAGUUGGAUCGCGGUCUCCAGCACAGCAGCAUUUCCCUCGACGCCGACGAUCCGUUCGCGCAGCUCCGUCUUACUCGAUCCUCUCGCUUGCCUCUUUCUCCCUCUUGUUGAUCUCGACUCGCGUCUCCUUUCGCCCGUCUACUUAUCCGCCUAUUCAUCUUAUCAAUCCGCUGCUUUCCUCCUUCUGCCCCUUCCACUCUCGCUCCGUCUCCGUCUGGUCGUCGAGUUUCGGGACGUUUCAGUUUCUCCUUAGGCGCUGCUCGUGGUACCGACCAUGCGUGCGUGCACGCGACGAGUCAUGUCCACGCGACCGAGUGUGCGUGCCGAAUGACGAACGUGUGUCAGUUUAAGAAAAGCGAACGCUGCGCGAGUCGCCACGAAUCGGAUGCAUCCGUCGCUACAUCGGCGCGCUGAAUGAAAAUGCAUCGACUUGUCACGUGGAAAUACGACUUGCGGAGGAUUCUUCGUUCGCCGCGUUCCGAUCCGUGCCGUCUCGACGUGCUGCACGAAUUUACGGAGAGGUGUUGAAAAGACGUAUCGCUCCGGCCGGGCUGGCACGGGUUCGAAAGUGGUGUCGCGAAAUGUACCGGAAACGAUGGACCGUAAAAGCACUGGGAACGAAUUCACGGUACGGCGGGAAUGCGAACGGCUGGGACACGUUGGCCAAGGUGACCUGCAUUUUCUUCUUCGCGAUACUGCUGCACGAAAAAGCUGUACACAGUUCUCGACUGUUCGAGGCGGAUACCUUUCAAGGAGUGCAAACGCCAGAGAAAGGCCCUCACUUUGACACAACGAUUUCAUCGAAUGUGACAGGCCUGGUUGGAAAAACCGUUCAACUCGUUUGCAGAGUAAAGAACCUUGGAAACAGAACAGUAUCUUGGGUGAGGCAUCGAGACAUACAUCUAUUAACGGUAGGUCGUUACACCUACACGAGCGAUCAACGUUUCGAAGCGAUGCACACUCGACAUUCAGAAGAAUGGACUCUGAGGAUACGAUACCCCCAGAAGAAGGAUUCUGGUAUCUACGAGUGCCAAAUAUCCACCACUCCACCCAUCGGCCAUCCCGUUUACCUCACCGUGGUUGAACCAGUCACAGAGAUCUCUGGAGGUCCAGCGCUCUUCAUCAACAAGGAUAGUACGAUAAACCUGACGUGUUUGGUGAAAUACGCUCCCGAGCCACCGACCGCGAUCGUUUGGAGCCACAAUCGCGAGGCGAUUAACUUCGACUCGCCGAGGGGUGGCAUCAGCCUGGUCACGGAGAAAGGACCGGUGACAUCCAGCCGCUUGCUCAUUCAAAAAGCGAUCGAAAAAGACUCCGGGCUUUACACGUGCUCUCCAAGCAACACUCGUCCGAACAGCGUACGGGUUUACAUUGUUAACGAACAUCCAGCGGCAAUGCAUCACGGCAGCGGUAACAGAAUGUCCGCGACAUUACUUACUCUUGUUCUACUUCUCUCGUCGAUCGUUCGAUGAUCGCGAGCGGUUGUAAUCGCGGUGUAAACUAUUCGAAUGUUACGAAACGAAGUCGAUGGAGUUGAACUUCGUUCGGAGAAACACGCCCAUCACUUACAUCCCUGUAAAUACUUGAUCGAUGAUGCGCGUUCUUCCCAGGAAUUACAAGAAUCUACCUGUUUUUUUUUAUCACUUUUUCUUUCGAUCUCUUUACCGUCGAAUGUUUACGUGUUUUCAGCCGAUGAAAUUAUCGAGCCCCGUUGGAUGGAACUCCGUGAAACGUAUGUAUAAAUGUAUCUAUUCUACUUCAUAAGUAUCUUCAUAAGUACUCUUCUAUGUUGGAGUCCCUCGCAGACUUAAUAGAACGCGCAUGAUUGGUUAAGCAUUAAACAGCACGAGUAGCACGAUAAGCACGAUAAUCACAUCUUACGAUCGAUCGUACAAAACUGUUUGUCUUGCUAGAAAUUAUACGAGAGAAAAUUUCGUUCCGUAGCGAUUGACGACAAACAAAUCUAGCAGUUGUUUCGAGCCAACGCGAACGCGUUCAUUACCAUUUGAUACUCGUUCGUCGAAAGCACCCCACCGAUCGGGGCGGUUUUUUAACGAGCGUUUGCCAGCGAGUGGUCUCGAGCACGCAGUGUGACGUAACUCCGCGAUCGAGUGAAUAACCGAAUUACAACGGGACAGCUACCAUCGAACCAGAAUUUAUGUAAUUAAAUAAAAAACACGUUCGGAACACUAUCGGGGGAAACGUCGCCGUGGCGUUCCGAUAAUAAACUCGCUUCUCUCCGACUUGGAAACUUUCGCAUUAUUCCGCCGUUUCGAUACGUACGCCUGGAGGAGAAUAAGCGACUUCUAGGCAACUUGGUAUCACGGCAAACUUGUUACAUUCUAUUCCUUCUCGUUCGGAAAUAGAAUCAACGUGUUUCGGAGAGACGUGUUGUCUCCUGUAUUGCGCGCGAGUAAUCGGUUUACUAAAAGAGAACGGAACUAUACGAUACGCGAGAAAUAAUCGAUUAAUACAUCGAUCGUUCCAAUUAGAGUACCGUUCUACGCAACAAUUAUUUAUCGAUAAAAAUUUUAAGUAAGCGCUCUUUUAUCCAUACCGAAUUCCUUCGAAUUAAUUCGUUUCGAUGAAUUGUUUUAUUUGGAAAGUUAUCGAAGGGAUCUCAGUUGGUACAUAUCAAAGAGAACGAUUCGCGAAAGUUUCAAAUCGACGAAUCAACGAGGAAAAGUCGCAGAGGAGACAAAUUUCAAACCGUAAGAGAAGGUUCAAGCGAAGCCACGUACGCGUAAAUGUGAAGAAAACUUGAUAGCCAUUUAAAGCAUGUAAAAUCAUCUUUUUCGCGUCCACGGUAAGCAUGUUUCUCAUCCAGGAUUUAUUUCAAAGAAAUUCCUAAAGGCUAUGGGAAACGUAGGUCGCAUCGUAACGCAUCGAGAAAAAGAUAAAGAGAAUCACGGUAAUGCGACGGAACUUUGCGAAGCUGAGAAGCCGAGAACAAGUUUCCUUUUUCAAUUAAAAAUGUGAGUUCUCAUUGCACAUCGCCACGCUUUAAGGAAAAACGCUGUUGCCGAGGAUUAAGGAAAGAAACGGAGAAACAGUUUGCUCGUAAGCUGUGCCGGACUACUUGUACCGAUUACUACUUAACUUUCCUCCUUUUACCGAAUCGUUUAAACCAUCGUGAUUACAGAAAAUAGUGAUUACUUCCUUUUUACAGUUUCCUUUCACACGCAAGGUACCGUCGCUUCACUGUACACUCUUGCGUUUUAGUUCGAUGAGAAAAUUCUACCAAAAGAAAGAACAUUAAAAUAUCCAUUUCGAAAUGUUUGAUCGAGUAACGAGUUCGUAUAAAUGUUUCAAACAUAAACGUUAACUUUUAGUACUUUUCUACGAUCGUUAUCGCUUUCGUUCUAUCAUCUUCCACUACCUUUCGUAAUAUCCUUGCAUUGACCCUGAAUUCUACAGACUUUGUUAUUCGAUCUAACGUGUUCAAUGAUCUAUGGAAUCGAAGAUAGAUAGGUUUACGUUCCUUUCAAAGUAUGCUUCAAUCGCAGAAACGCAAAUGUGGUUGUAUCGUUAUGUAUAUUUCUAUAACUGUCAUUGUUUUACACGACACAUAGUAGUCGCGUUUUUGUUACACCCGAGGGACCACGAAGGUUAAGCAAAGAUGGACGGUCCAAUUAUCCUCGUUAACAAAUACUAUUCGAAAAGUGAAAGACAGGUGUUGAAACGAAUCGAGAUAUCUCCUUAACAGCAGAUGAAACAGUUAACGCAUUCGCUGCCAAGAAAUUAAAAGUUUGAAACUAGUUUAGAGACAGCGGCAGAGCUUUCUUAUCAAAUUCGGAUUUAUAACGUGUUAAAUUUAUAAAAAUUACCGUUCGUGUUGUUGUUUUGUCGAAUUCGUCGGCAGCGAACGCGAGAAGUACGCGAGUAAAUCUUCACGUAACGCGAGUCUUUCACCUAAAUCAUAACAGUCACGACGAUUUAAUUGUAUUCCACGUUAUUCACUAGUACCACGAUACCGUUAACUUUAAGCGUUUUUAUAGAACUCAAAGAACGAUGUCUCGUAGCUAUUAAAUAUGAACGAUAAGCGUUACUUAACAUUGUUAGUUCGACAGCGACGUAAAGAUUAGUCGUUACGUCUUCACCGUUUAAGUAAUUUUUUACAAGUGUAAAUAAUUAAGAAACUCGUACUUUAUAGGCGACUACUCUAAUUUCUUCGUUGUAGCUAUUUGUUAGAUUAAAGAGAAAGUUUAUCCUGUCGAAUGUUAUUCUCGAGAGUAAUUAAGAAAAUAUCAAUUUACCAUAUCUAAACUUGAAUUCAGUUAUUGAACGGGAAUCUUCAUAUUUUUUUUUUAAUCACUCGCGAGAAAGGGCAUAGGCAGAGAAAUUUCUAACUUUAUCGGUGGACAUGCUAUUAUAGAAUACAGACAACGAAAAUUCCAGGCAGAGAUUACUUAAUCAUUUGUCCUCCUUCCAUUUCUUUUAAAAAUCUAUAAAAACAAACAAAACUUUUACCAACAUCUCCGUCUAAUUUCUCUGGAUUUGAUGCUUGAGUUCACAGAAAUGGAAACGAAUCGAGGACUCGUAAACGAUCGAGACUCGUCUCAUUCACGUCGUAAGCCGUUCAAUAAUAAAUUUGACAGCAUUCGCCAUGGAAAGAUUGCGAAACAGCUUCCUUGCCCCAAGCCUUUGCUCUCGUCGUUUCAUGUUACCGUAGACGACGCAUUUCGAAGGAGCUGUUUUAAUUAAUUCGCGUCUCGACUGGUGCUAAUUACCGUCCUUUUGCAGCGAGACUUUUUCGCGCGUUCUCCGCUUUGUAACAUCAGCCGGUCACCCUCUUCAAUCUUCCGUUAGAUUUCACCUACCGUGGCUAUUCACUCGGACGCCCCCAUUCUCUCUUCAAGGCGUCAUUUUUCUGCUUUCAUUCCUUCUCGAGUAGAAACUACUUUUUUUUCGCGAUUUAACGAUGCCAAGGAAAAUGUUUCAACUAUGUAAUCUAUGUUUUGACAAUAUAUAAAUAUUAUACCAGA